CCCAAAAUCCAACCCCCCCCCCCCCCAUUGCCUCUCUCUGUGGCUGCAAGUGGGGCCCCAUGUCGUCGUCGGGUGCGGCUGCGGCGGCGGCGGCGACGGCGGAGGAGGCGGCGGCGGGCGGGGAGCACGGGCCGUUCCCCAUCGAGCAGCUCCAGGCAUCUGGUAUAGCUGCACUUGAUGUGAAAAAGCUCAAAGAUGCUGGUCUCUGCACGGUGGAGUCUGUGGUCUACUCACCAAGGAAAGACCUUCUGCAAAUUAAAGGGAUUAGUGAAGCCAAAGUCGAUAAGAUAAUUGAAGGAGCUUCGAAGCUGGUUCCACUGGGAUUUACAAGUGCCAGCCAACUUCAUGCACAGAGACUUGAGAUUAUCCAAGUUACAACUGGAUCAAGGGAACUUGAUAAAAUCUUGGAUGGUGGAAUAGAAACUGGGUCCAUUACAGAGAUAUAUGGUGAAUUUCGCUCAGGGAAGACUCAGUUGUGCCACACUCUGUGUGUUACAUGUCAGCUCCCAUUGGACCAAGGUGGUGGUGAGGGAAAAGCUUUGUAUAUUGAUGCAGAGGGCACAUUCAGACCACAAAGACUCCUCCAGAUAGCAGACAGGUUUGGGUUGAAUGGUGCUGAUGUACUUGAGAAUGUAGCUUAUGCAAGAGCAUAUAAUACUGAUCAUCAAUCAAGACUUUUACUGGAAGCAGCUUCCAUGAUGGUGGAGACAAGGUUUGCUAUUAUGAUUGUAGAUAGUGCAACAGCCUUAUACAGAACAGAUUUCUCUGGUAGAGGGGAGCUGUCAGCAAGGCAAAUGCACCUGGCCAAGUUUCUUAGGAGCCUUCAGAAGUUAGCGGAUGAGUUUGGCGUGGCGGUGGUAAUCACGAAUCAAGUUGUGGCGCAAGUGGAUGGUGCUGCAAUGUUUGGGCCACAGAUCAAACCUAUCGGCGGGAACAUCAUGGCUCAUGCUUCCACAACAAGGCUUUUUCUUCGAAAGGGAAGAGCGGAGGAGCGGAUAUGUAAGGUAGUAAGCUCUCCCUGUCUUGCUGAAGCUGAGGCGAGGUUUCAGAUAUCACCGGAAGGCGUCACAGAUGUUAAGGACUGAAAAUCCCAAAAAUCGCCUUCAGGAUACAGCAUGAGUUUGCAGUCUAUCUACAGCCUGCUGUUUGCAAUCCCAGUGUGGUGGACGCUUGGAUUGAUGUAGGCCAUCCUGUUCAACCACCACCUGCGAUAGCGCCCUGGAAUCCUGGAUGGAAGUACCCAUGGUUUCUUCAUUGACAUUGCUCUUGUGUUUCAGCGGGGGUGUACAGCAAGUCGCCACAAUUUUGGCUUGGCACCAGCGAUGUUGUUGUUCACUGUUGAUGUUAGACGAGCCAGAAUUAGUGUAGAUAGUUUUAUUUAGCUGGUCCUUGUUUUCUUACCGUUUGUAAAUGUAGUUUAACGCAUGCUAGGAUGUUCUAACGUCACAUUGUAUCGGUUAGCAAAAGUUGUAUUCAGAGUUUCAAACAGUUUUCGUUUACAUUAUAUAUGCUAACAGGUUUGAAUUUGCAAGUCUA